AUGUACCCUGCGACGGUCAAGCUGCAAGGGAACUUUCUCUGGGAUGCCCAAUUCGAGUCCGAGAGCAAGGCCGAAGGGGGCGGCACGUUCAAGCCAACGACUUUCAUGGCCAAAUCGAAGGCAGAUGCUGCCACGGCGUUGCUGCAGCGUGCGAAUACCUCCGAGGACAGCGCUUCUGGGCUGGCUCAGGCAGACCCUGAUUUCGAGUUCUUUGACGGCUUCACCAUGAUUGCAAACAUUGAGAUGUGUGCUGAAUGGUGCGCCCUCAUCGAGGAGUGUAGCAGCUUCGAGUUCGUCGAACUGGAAGAGGUCAUGGACGCCGAACACCUCUCUCCAUUCGGGCGAUGCGUCCUGCACACGGCACCAAGUGAGACGGCAGAUGAGCCGCCGUUUGGCUACAUGGGAGAGGAGUUCAUGUCAGAAUCCGAAUCCUGA